CCUGUUGGCAGGAGUGUGUGUGAUUAUGUUUUACUCAACUGCAGUGCUUACGAAACCAUUAACUUUGGCAUUCUGAGUGUGCGUAUGAAGAUAGUGUUUACUGGAAGGAAAUUCAUAGCAUGAGUUCACAGAGACCUUUUUUUCUUUUCUUUCUUUUUCUCCUCCUUCAAGGCUGUCCUCGGGUUGUCCGUCUGGUUCGGCCUCCCAGACACCACAACUGUGCCACGCACUUCUUCUUCCACAACCCUCUCUCGCUCUCUUUUCCUCUCUCUCUCACCGUGUUUCUCUUCCUCUGUCCAGUCUCUCAGUAGUGGUCCUCUCUGCUCUCGUGGAGAAGGCUGCACUAUCUGGUUUCUUAAACAAUGGAAAUUCAAUCAGGAAAUGAACCCGAGGUGUUGAAAGAAGGAGAGUACACUCGUUCGUCUCCUCUCACCCUGCGGCCUGCGGACGCUAAAGAGGACCUGGGGGAGAACAGGCAAAUUGAGAAGUUUGAUAUCCCACUCAACAGCCUGAAGCAAAUGUUUGAGAAAUCACCGGCACAACAUGGGGAAGCGAAUAGUUCAUUUUCAUCAAGUGGGAGAGUUGCAGAGAAAUAUAGCGGUGUAGGAGAAAAGAUGUCGAAUCAGGACUCAAACUUUGGUGGAUCUGCGGGCAGUGCAGGUGUUUCAUCGUCUAAAGAGAGACCAGCUGACGGUGAGGUUGAGACUGUGCCUCUCAAGCAGAGACUGGCCUUAUACCAAGCUGCCACUACCAAGGAAGAGAGAAGCCCAUCUGUGGUCAUGGACAGCUCUGAGCCGUGCUCUCUGCCAGGGGGACUGGCCAGUGUCAAGAAACAGUUUGAAAGCCAAGAGUUCAGUUCCUCUUCUGCAUCCCAAAGCACUGUUACACAAUACCACCAACAACAGAGACAGCAGGUAGUGAGUUCAUCAGAGGUGACGGUACGAAGCAGUGUUAAAGAAAGCAGUACCUCAAAUGCCCAGGUUUUCCUGGACCAGAAUGUUCAUCAGAGUGUUGCCUCAAGUUUUGGGGAUCAUUAUGAUGAGAAAGUGCUGGUAAUUGGAGAACAGAAUUUGCCAAAAAUUUCUACUCAAGUCCUGAAACAGCAGCAUGAAAAAAGUAUUGAGGAGGCCACUCCACCCAAACAUAUCAAGAUUGAUCUUGAUUACAACCAGUUUCCUUGGGCCCCAGUAAAUGUUUCUUCAAAGACUACUGCCACAGGUAGCUAUGAGACCACGUCCGUCACUAAAACAAUGCAAGAGGCCUCUACCUCCUCUGUGGCUUCCUCACAAUAUGAGGCCGUGGAGCAUUUCUCAACACCAGUAUCUGGCACACAUCAGUUUCAAAUUAAUUCCCAAGUCCCAGAACGUUGUCCUUCCCCGAAGCCAACAGAUGCACCUACUUCAGCCAAAUAUGCUGUCAAUAAAGAGCAGUACUCAAAGCAGAGGAACCUCUAUGAACUUAAGCGUCUCUACAAGCACAUUCACCCGGAAGUGCGUAAAAACCUGGAGUGUGACUUCUUAACUGAAGUAACCGACACCGAGCAAACUUAUGUGGACAGUGAUGAGGAGGUGAGCAGAGACAUUCAGCAAGCACGCUAUGUUUUUGAAAACAGUGGAAGUACCAGUCCUGGCAAGUGCAUAAGUCCGGAGAGAGAGUAUUUGGAGUGGGAUGAGAUCCUGAGAGGCGAGGUGCAGUCAAUGCGCUGGAUGUUUGAGAACAAGCCCCUAGAUUCCAUUAAAGAUGGCACACCAGAUGAGGAUGAGGGAAAGAACAUAGCCCAACAAGAAAUCAUCGCUGGAAAAGAUGUGAAGUACACUGCAUGGGUGUUUGAAACACAGCCCAUGGAUGCUCUAGGUACAGAAAAAACGGACUCAGCAGAGCACAGUGGAAAACGAGAUCUAGCCAGGGGAGAUGUCCAGACUGCAACAUGGCUGUUUGAGACACAACCGCUGGACUCACUCAACAGAAUUUACCAAGAGGAUGAGCAAGAGACACAGGUGAUGUAUACUAAAGACAUUGCUGGGGGUGAUGUGAAAACUGCUAGGUACUUGUUUGAAACACAGCACCUGGACACACUUGGACACACUGAGACUAUCGAUGAAAGUCACUUCCUGCAGCUGAAAUCAGAGCUAGAAGAAGUCAAGGGUGAAGUUAAGAAAACAACCAAGAUGUUCGAAACACAACCCAUGUGUGUCAUCCGCGGUGACUCUGGAGAGAUGCUGGAGAUUACCAAGGUGCGACGCGAAGAAACCGAGAAAGGUGAUGUCAGGACAUCACGAUGGCUCUUUGAAACUCAGCCUCUGGACCUGAUCAGCAAGGAUCCAAGCAAAGUAAAAUUAAUCUGUGGAGUCUCCAUGGAGGAAAAUUACCAGGGUGAGGUGAACAGAGGAAGAUGGCUGUUUGAGACAAAGACACUCGAUCAAAUCAAAGAGGAAGAAUGGGAUAGCACAAAGAUUCAGAAGGAGGAGAUCUUAGGUGCCGAUGUGAGGAGACACUGCAAGAUCUUUGAAACACAGCCAAUGGAUAACCUUAAAGAUAAUACCAAUGCAAGACCAACGGAGCCAGAAGACAUUAUAGGUGGUGAUGUUACUUCUGCUAGGCAUUUGUUUGAAACAGUGCCCAUGGAGAAUCUGAAAGAGUUUCCAGAAGUUGGCAAGCUACAAAAGGUGCUAGCAUCAGAAGAAGAGAAAGGCGAUGUGAGACACCAGAGGUGGUUGUUUGAAAGCAAACCUCUUGAGCAGAUCAGAGAGGAGAAGAAAGAGAUCACACGCACUAUUAAUUUAGAGGACCUUGAAAAGGGUGAUGUCACAAAUUACAAGGAAAUAUUUGAGACCAUGGACCUGAGCAAAUGUACAGAUGCACAAAAAAUACAAGUGGAGGGUGUCACCAGUGGCUCAGUAAAAACAAAUAAAGUAUUAUUUGAGUCAACACCCUUGUAUGCUGUACAAGACAGCUCAGGACACUACCAUGAAGUUAAAACCGUGCGCAGAGAGGAAGUUGUAAAAGGAGAUGUGAGAAGCUGCAAGUGGAUGUUUGAAACUUGUCCCAUUGAUCAGUUUGAUGAGAGCAUCACUAAGUUCCAGAUAAUCAAAGGAAUAUCUAAAGAAGAAAUCCAAUCAGGUGAUGUCAAAACUGCUAAAUGGCUUUUUGAAACUCAGCCUCUUGACGGCAUUAAAUACUUCAACUUAGAAGAAGAGGACAACAAGAAAAAUGAGAGCAUUGAGAUCCAAAGAGGUGAUGUUAAAACAUGCAGAUGGUUGUUUGAAACCCAGCCAAUGGAUGUCUUGUAUGAGAAAGUAGAGACAAAGACUGAGGACACCACUGACAUCCAGAAAGGAGAUGUUAAAACCUGUACAUGGCUUUUUGAGACUCAGACUCUUGACAGCAUCAAGGAUGAGUCCGAGACAAUCCUGAAAACUUGCACAGUAAAGCAAAAUGAUGUAAAAGGUAAAGAUGUACGUCUAGUGCGUUUCCUAUUUGAGACUGAAAACCUAGAAAACAUCACUGACGACAAGGAUCACGGUAGCUUUAAGCGAGUCACUGAGAUUGACAUUCACUCUGGAGAUGUAUCACGAAUGAAGUACAUCUUUGAGAAUCAGUCAUCUGAUAUCAUGACUUCUACAUCUGAGGAGACCAUGCAGAAACUUAAAUGCUGUCAAGCAGAGGAAAUUCAGAAAGGAAAUGUGGUGAACUGUACCUGGAUGUUUGAAAACCAACCAAUUGAUUCCAUCAGGGAAAAUUCUGAAGAAUUGAAGGAGACACGCACAGUAACAGAUAUUCAGGGAGGUAAUGUUGAUAAAGGUCGUUUCAUUUUUGAGACAUACUCAUUAGAUACGAUUCAGGAGGAGGCAUCUGAUACUGAGAUCAGCAAACUUCAAAGCAUCAUACACAAGGAGAUUGAGAAAGGGGAUGUAAAAAACUACACCAUGAUGUUUGAGACCCAACCACUGUAUGCUAUCAGGGACAAAGAAGGACACUAUCAUGAGGUUACUACAGUCACAAAAGAAGAGAUUCUGCGAGGAGAUGUGGUUGGGGCAAGAUGGUUGUUUGAGACAAAGCCCCUUGACUCAAUAAGAGACACAGAAGAGGUGUAUGUCAUCAAAGCUGUUACAGAAGAAGACAUCCAAAAAGGAGAUGUCAGCACGGCCAGGUGGAGGUUUGAAACUCAGCCUCUAGAUGAGAUUGCAGAGGAUAUGAAAGUUGCUGUUAAAACAGUAGCUGACAUCCAAGGGGGGGAUGUGAAAACAAACAAACAGCAUUUUGAAAUGGAUGACCUAUCAAAGAAAUAUGUGAAAACCGUUAGUGUCAGUGAGAUUCAAAGAGGUAACGUGAGGAGCUCCACAUGGAUGUUUGAAACACGUACUAUUGACAAGAUCCGUGGUGAAGGUUCGGAGUAUGAUGAGAUGGAAAAGGUGACACGCGAAGAAGUGGUAAAAGGUGAUGUUAAGCAGUCCGUGUGGCUCUUUGAAAAGGAACCACUUGAUCGCAUUAAGGAAGUUGAUGAAACAGAUACUGUAAUUUCUCAUGAAGAAAUUCCAAAAGCCGAUGUUAAAACAACGACAUGGUUGUUUGAAACCACCCCCCUAACCGAUUUCAAUGAGAGCAGUGUGGAGAGAAAAGAGAUUGUUGGUAAGAGCAUCAAGGCAACCCUAGAAGAGCUGUAUACUCAGAAAAUGGUUGAAUCACAAGGUAUUCUAAUUGAGGCAGAUGAGAUUGGAGAUGUCAGAAUGGCUAAAUACAAACUUCUAAACCAGGACACUCCAGAGAUCCAGAGAGAAGAGGUAAUACAUGGAGACCUGAACAACAUUAUGAUGAACCUUCUUAACAGACGUGAGACAAAAGAGAGGGCAAUCACCAUAGACAGGGAGGAAAGAGGAAAUAUAAACUCAACUGUCCAACAGCUCUUUAAUCAGAAUAAGAGUGAUAAUGUUGAGAAAGAGCAAAUUAUCAGAGGAGAUAUCCAAGAGGCAAUUAAUAACUUGCUGAAGCAAGAAGGAUCUUCCAAACGUGGAAUUCUGAUUCAAGAAGAUGAGAAAGGAGAUGUGAAAAUGACCAUAUACUCACUCCUCAAUAAAGAAAGUGAGAGCAAUGUUGAGAAAGAGGAUAUAGUUAGAGGAAAUAUUCGUGGAACACUACAUCGGCUACUGGGUAGUGCUGAUGCAAAGGACUUGUCAUCUAAGAUAACUGUUGGAGAAGCAGAGAGAGGAAAUGUCAGUUUUUAUUCUACGUGUAUUGAGUCUGGGGCAAUGGACUACCUCAGGCAACUUCAGGUGGAGACUGAUGAAAUUGUUGACGAAAUAGUGAAAGAAAAGAUUAUUGGAGGUGAUGUAGAACAAACUAAACAGAUUUUAAGAAACAGCCAGCAAACUAUAGGACGAACUGUUACUGAAGAUGACAUUGUACCUGGUGAUGUAAAUAACACAGUACAGGUGUUUAUGAUGGAACCUGUAUUAUCCCUACAUAAUAUGCAGAAAGUUGAAAUAGUAAAGGGAGACUUGAGAGCAGCUCUUGACUCUCUCGCACAAGCUGUAAACCAAAGUGUUGUCAUAGAAAAAGAAGAGAUAGUCAAAGGAGAUAUCUGCACAACACUUAGGUCCCUUGAGGAGGCUCAAAACCAACUGAAAGAAAUAGACAAGCCUGAAAUUGUCCCUGGAAACAUCAAGGGUGCAUUAGAAUCUCUUGAAAAAUCAUCAUCUGCAAAGACUGAGGUAAUAAUUGAAGAUGUGGUCCCAGGGGAUAUUAGAGGUACCUUGAAAUCCCUGGAGGAGGCAAAGCAGGUGGUGAAAGAGGUUGAGAAAGAGGAGAUUGUUAAAGGUGACAUUCAGACUGCUCUCCUUAGUCUUCAAGAGGCUUCAACUGAAAAGAGGGUGUUCCAGCACCAAGUAAGUGAACAGGGUGAUGUGAAAGGUACAAUUCAGCUUUUCAUGGAGCCAACCUCAUCCCCACAUAUGCAGAGGAGGCCAAGCACAGAGGGCAACAUAAAAUCCUCUAUCAAAUCACUUUAUGAGCAGGAGCACGGGCAAAUUGAGAAAGAAGAGGUGAUUAAGGGAGAUGUUCAGGGCACAAUUAAAUCCCUGAUGAACAAGAAGGAGCAAUCAAGACACAAAUCAAAAAUGAAUCCUCACAAGAAAGCUAAAGCUCUCAUUAAGAAUCCAGUUCCCCCUCAGCAAGCAGCCCGUGAAUGCCCAGCUGGAGCUAAAACUGAGGAAAAGCCAACAAAUCCACCUCCAGUGAGAAACAUGCAGCAGGGCAGCACACAAAUAACAUCUGAUCAGAUCAAAUCUUCAGAAACUCAGACUUCUUCUGAGGAACAUCAUUCUACUACUAAACAAAUGACAACAGCUGUUCGUUCACAAGAGUCCUCUCAAAGCUCUCAAAAGAUAAAUGUCAAGGAACAACAUAUCAAACAAAAACAGAACACACCUAGUACAGUGCUAAUAAAGAAAAAGAAUGUUGGAGGUCAAACUAGUGUGAAGAAAUCUGAAAUUGACGCUGUGUGUUCAGCAACAAGUGCAUCAAUGGAGGCAUCACAAACUAAUAUUAGCAUGAAGCAAACUGAGGAGACAAAGUCAGCCACACAGGUUCAGAUGACUGUGACAACAGAACAAACCACUGUAAUCCAGAACCAGAACAUCAAAAAUGUUAAAUCAGAAAAAAAUGUUAAGAGCCUGAACCGCAAUCUCAAUCCCAAAGGAAUGAUAAAAAAAGUGAAACCACAGCCAGAGAUUCACUUUCCACCACCUCCAAGUUCUCCUCCACCCCCCUCUGAAUCAGAGCUCUCUCUGCCGCCUCCUCCCUCACCUGUGGCAGAAAGUGAUGUCCAGCCAGCCCUUUUACCACACCCUCCUCUGGUCAUGAGACAGGACAGUGACCUUCCUCCUCCACCACCUCCACCCCCUUUAAUGGAGUCAGACACAGAAUUCUUUCCACCACCUCCUCCACCCCAAGACUUCCUCCCUCCACCUCCAUCUCAACAGGAACUCAGCUCUGUUGCCCAACCUGAAAAGCCAAAAGGCCGAACUUUAUUUAAGGUGCCCAAACCUGAGCCUCCAAAGCAACCACAGCCCAAAACAUUUAAAUGGCAGAAAAAACAAACGGCACCUAUUCCACCAACUCCACCUCCCCCAUCAAUUGCAAAGCAAAGUGAAACUAUUGCAUCAAACAUAACCACGGUUACAGAUAUAGAAGAGAACAUCAACAAGCAAAAGGGAUUGGUUCAAACGAUUGAACCUCCAGCUCCAAAUAUUACCAAAAUGUCAUCAGCAAUGCCUGUGCUACAACCAGCAACUGAGGAACCACCACGCCCUAAAAAGGUAGUUGUUCCCACAAUGAAACUUCCACCUCCCCCUGAACUUUCUGCUCAAAAACCAAGACCCGCAAGUAAAUUCAAAACACCACUCAUGCUUGCAGAGGAGAGAUAUCGCAAACAAAGAGAGGAGGCUGAAGAGAACAAGGAAGAAACUACUCCAACCUCACCCCCAUCUACUAAACCAUUUAAUGUCAGUGAAAUGAAGGUUGAAGCAGAGUUGAGCACACAGAAAGCUGAACAGCCUCAAAUUACUGUUAAGACACAGCAAGAAAUAUCUAAAGAACCAGAGGCUAAAGAGAAGCCAGCCAUGAUUCCAAAAGAAACAGCAGAAAAACGUGCCCCUCCAAAAAGUCCACAGACUCCACCAAAGCAAAAGCCAGCUGCAAAUUUGCAGAUAAGUAAACCAUCAUUUCAAAAAGUUGGUAAGAAAACAACCACAGAAUUAUCUAGCAGUGUAUUAGAUAAAAAGCAAGCAUCUACCACUGCUGCCUUAGAAAUUAAAAGCCAUCCAGCCCAUGCAGUUCAUCCACUCUCUGUUGCAGAGCAAGUUGAGAAAACAAAAGCUCAAUCUGUAAAACAAGAGAGCCUCCAGGCCACACAAAAUACUCAAAAUCAGAUAACUGCAUCUGCUAAAGCAGAAGAGAUCAAGAUCAUAGAGACUUGUGUGACUCAAGAAGUCAAGAAGGUUCCUUCACAGACCACAAAGAUCCCAAAAGUGACCCCUAGCUUUAAGGUGAAAACAUUUAAGGUGCCUAAGGUAGAGAAGCCAGAGAACCAAGAAGAGGGAAAGGACAAACAAACAACCAGCACUGAGCAAGCAGUCACAGAAACAGGAAAAAAAUAUGUAUCUCAAAUAUGCAUGGGUCAGGAGGGCAUCCAAAAAUCCACCAGUGCUGAAGUGAAAGUUGAGAAAAAGGAGGAAAUGAGACAAACCAAGCAAGACAUCAAAAUGGAGGUUCAGUUAAAGAAGCAAAGAGAAACAUCAGUUAAGCAGCCGCCACCUGUGGCACCAAGACCAUCAGUUGAGAUACAUCAAAUACAACCAGCAAUAUCAACAGAGGUACAUAAAGGACAAGGGCAGACAUCUGUCAUUCAGUCCCAUCAAGCAGUGAGAGAGGAACAUGUCCAGAUUCAUGAAGAGAAGAUGGUCAUUCAGAGCACAGUUCAACAACAGAGCACUCAACAAAAAAGUAAAUUCCAGAUCAAGAAGCAGGUAAAGCCUCCACUGCGGCCUCCAAGCAGAGAGGAGGCCAUAAAACAGUCAAUGCAGAAAGAGGAGCAGAACAAAACAGUGAUUACAAAAGCAGCAGAAUCUGAAAAGAGUGCACCAAUGACAACUGAAAGUUAUGCACAAAAAUGUGAAGAGCUUCAAAAAUUGUUGAGUUAUAUUAAGGAGUGCGAAGGAGCUCCUGCAAAACUGAAUCCAAAGUCAUUACAGACAAUGCUGAGUGUCAUUCCUGAUUGGCUAGUUGGUUCUGAAGAGAAGGCUGAUUUAAGUCGUACUCAGAACAACAAGCAAAAAAUGAGAGAGGUCAUAAUCUAUGUGCAGAACCUUGCCCUGGCUAAACUAAAUUUUUUAGAGGGAAAUUUGUCUGUUUCAGAGAUGGCAAAAAGUGAGUCAUCACAGGAGAAAAAAAUAGUAGGUGGAGCCACACAGAAAAUAUCUAAGAUUACUAUUGGCUCAGCAAAAAUAGAGACUCGAAAGAAAGUAGUGGAGGAGAAGAAGACAGAGUGCCAGAGUGAAUCAAAGAUAUCAGAGCUUAAAAUGCCACCUGAGCUAAGAAUGCGGACACCGUCCCCUACAUUCAUCUGUAUUGAGUCCGCCAAGAGGACAGACUCUCCCUUGAGAGUGACACCAUCACCCCCUCCCUCUUACAGGUCGGGCACCACACCAACACCUCCAUCUCGCUGGUCUGAAACACCAACACGUCCGAACCAAUCCACACCUUCCCCUACAAUGAGUCGCUCUGAGAAGCUAGCUAAACUAAGAGAUACCACAGCCAAAUUAUCACAAGGCAUGACUCCACCACCCAUGCCUUUACCAGAGUACAUGAUAAAGGCCCAAACAGAUUUGGAAGGGUCUCGCUCAUCCAGCUGUUCAGAGAUUACGGUUGAGACUCAUAAAAUGGAAUCAUCCCUGAUAGAUGUCACAGAUGUCCAUGGAGACUCCACGAUGACUGUAAAAGACAAGCGUGAGUUCUUUGAAGAGGCUCAGAAAGCAGAGGUCAGUCGUACAUAUGUACGCAAAGAUCCUAUUGACAUCCCAGACCGUCUUGAACCAGACACAGAAGGUAAUGAGCCAGAGAUCCCAAAAACGACUGAUUCCCAUGAGAAAAUGUUAGAGGACUUGCCCAGGGUUGACCUGUCAAGGCUUGUUAACAAAUUUGAGACACCCCAGACUAAAGUUUAUGUUCGGAAGGAGCCUGUUGUGAUUACUGAAAGACUUGGAAGUGACACAGAAGAUGUUGAACCUGAGAAGAAGACAUAUUUGGUGGAGGACAUACCCAGUUUUGAUGUUAAAGCCCUCAAAACUGUCUUUGAAAUGGGUGAGCAAGCCCAUCAGUACCUAAGGGAAGAGAGAAAGAAUCUUGAGAAACAAGAGGAAGCACCUGAAGGAUUCUCUCAAACUAAAUCUGUGAAAGAACACUUCUCCACUGUAGAUGAGUUUGGAAACACUGUAAUAGGUUCAAAGUCUGAAACAACCUCCCAGUCUCGGAGUGUGACAACCCGUGGUGAUCCACCAACUUAUGCAGAUGUAGUAAGAGGGAAUGUUCCUGUCCUGGAUGUUCCACCGGAGGCCUCAGCAGAGGAGUUACUAAAGAACUUCCAGCAGACAUGGGCAGAGAGUGAAAAUGUCUUCAAAAAUCUGGGCUUCACUGUGUCUGAGCAGCACAGAUCACAGACUGUUUCCCACCAGCACCAGACUGUUGUCACCGAAAAUACGGGUGCCAGAGUCCGAACUGUGUCGGGUAUGUCGGAAGAGGGUGUAUCCCAUGGAGUCGCUCAUAGCAGACAAGCAAAACUUCCAUAAAAGCUGUUUUAGAUGUGCCCACUGCAGCAACCAGCUAAGUCUUGGAAAUUAUGCUUCUCUCCAUGGACGAAUGUACUGCAAGCCACACUACAAACAACUUUUCAAGUCUAAAGGCAACUAUGAUGAAGGAUUUGGAGAAAGGCCCCACAAAGAACUUUGGAGUACAAAGAAUCUGAACAACUCGUCAGAGACAACUUACACAAAAAACAACCCUCUUGUUGAUUUUAAUGUCAAAGUAACUCAGAGCCCACAAGAAAAUUACCCCAAGACCAUAGAGAGGAUGAUUCAAGGAAAGAUGAAUGAUGAAAUUAAGAAGCCAG